AUUCCCAAGGUUUGCUUUGAGGUUUGCUUCGCGGAGGGCCCGGGGUCAAGGCUCCCCUCCCGGCUAGGGGUGGGGCAUUUUAACCUUUUGGUGGAUGCCCAUGCCAGUGCUCAUCUUCAGGUAUUUCUGACCCUCUCCUCCCCCUUCUCUGAGACCACAUUCCCCACUCACCCUCUCCCUGACUUUCUGUCCCGUCCUGGGACAAAACAUGUGCUGUGUCUUUAAAUGGGCGGAAGUGGCUGGCAGUGCUUUGCUUGGGUACUGCAUUGAUUAGGAGAUUAUAUGGAGCUGCGGGAGCUGCCGCCUGGGGGAAGAGAGGUGCAGGUUCUGCUAGGUUUUUGCUCUCCUCCUGGGCUCUCCUUGGGUUCUUUCCCCAAGGCUGCUCUGAGCCGGCGUGAGGUGAGGGUGGGUGGGUGGCCGGCCUGCCUGCCUGUUGACAGCAACUCCAGGGCUUGUUUUGCAGCCUUGCCAGCAUUACCCAUCUCCAUCAGAAACUGGCAGUGGCAGCAGCAGCUCGGGCAGGCAGCUCUAGCCCCGGGCUGGAUUUGCAGAAGCUGUCCUUCGCCUCCCAGCCCAGCUCUGGGCUGGGAAAGGGGGAAGAAGGGAAGGCAUCAGUUCUUCUGGCUUGCUCUUUCUCUCUCUCUCUCUUCUUUCUCUUUCUGAGUUCAAGUCACAUUACAUGGGAUUCUGUUCUUUGGGGACUUCGUCAUCUUUUCAAAUAUGUCCUGGGACCUCCGGAGCUGUAACGGGGAUGCUAAGGACACGGUCAGUGGAUUAUCGUGACUGUACUAAUGAAAGGAUUCAAGCUAUCCUGCACUGCCAGUAACUCAAACCGCAGCACGCCGGCCUGCUCCCCCAUCCUCCGGAAGCGGUCUCGCUCACCAACCCCACAGAACCCAGACGGAGACACCAUGGUGGAGAAGGGCUCAGAUCACUCCUCGGACAAGUCCCCGUCCACACCGGAGCAGGGUGUGCAGCGCAGCUGCUCUUCACAGUCUGGCCGGAGUGGGGGCAAAAAUUCCAAGUCUCACAAGCGCCUCUCAAAAAAAAGCCAGAGUUGGUAUAAUGUCUUAAGCCCCACUUACAAGCAGAGAAAUGAAGACUUCAGAAAGCUCUUUAAGCAACUUCCAGACACGGAGCGCCUCAUUGUUGAUUACUCAUGUGCACUCCAAAGAGACAUUCUUCUUCAGGGCCGACUCUACCUCUCUGAAAAUUGGAUCUGCUUCUACAGCAACAUCUUCCGCUGGGAAACUCUGCUGACCGUUCGUUUGAAAGACAUCUGCUCCAUGACUAAAGAAAAAACAGCUCGCCUCAUUCCCAAUGCCAUCCAAGUUUGCACUGACUCGGAAAAGCACUUUUUCACUUCAUUUGGAGCCCGGGAUAGGACAUACAUGAUGAUGUUCCGGCUCUGGCAGAAUGCUCUCCUUGAAAAACCCCUGUGUCCCAAGGAGCUCUGGCACUUCGUUCACCAGUGCUACGGGAACGAGUUGGGGCUGACCAGUGACGAUGAGGACUACGUACCCCCUGAUGACGACUUCAACACAAUGGGCUACUGUGAGGAGAUCCCUGUAGAAGAGAAUGAAGUGAAUGACAGCUCAUCCAAAAGCAGCAUAGAGACCAAGCCAGAUGCCAGUCCACAGCUGCCCAAGAAAUCCAUCACCAACAGCACGCUGACAUCCACAGGGAGCAGCGAAGCUCCCGUCUCGUUUGAUGGCCUGCCCCUGGAAGAGGAGGUGCUGGAGGGCGACGGGUCCCUGGAGAAGGAGCUCGCCAUCGACAGCAUCAUCGGGGAGAAAAUCGAGAUCAUCGCGCCUGUGAACUCCCCUUCACUGGACUUCAAUGACAAUGAGGACAUCCCCACCGAGCUCAGUGACUCUUCCGACACCCACGAUGAAGGGGAGGUCCAGGCCUUCUAUGAGGACCUGAGUGGCCGGCAGUAUGUGAACGAAGUCUUCAACUUCAGCGUGGACAAGCUCUACGACCUCCUGUUCACUGACUCGCCCUUCCAGCGGGACUUCAUGGAGCAGCGACGCUUCUCUGAUAUCAUCUUCCAUCCGUGGAAAAAGGAAGAGAAUGGAAACCAGAGUCGAGUGAUUCUUUAUACCAUCACCCUUACCAAUCCUCUGGCUCCCAAAACUGCCACUGUCAGGGAGACCCAGACCAUGUACAAGGCGAGCCAGGAGAGUGAAUGUUACGUGAUAGACGCCGAAGUCCUCACUCACGACGUGCCGUACCACGACUACUUCUACACCAUCAACCGCUACACGCUCACCCGCGUGGCACGGAACAAGAGUCGACUCAGGGUCUCCACAGAGCUGCGGUACCGAAAACAGCCCUGGGGGUUAGUGAAAACUUUCAUCGAGAAGAACUUCUGGAGUGGGCUGGAGGACUACUUCCGCCAUUUAGAGAGUGAGCUGACCAAAACAGAGAGCACCUACCUGGCUGAGAUGCACAGACAGUCUCCCAAAGAGAAGGCCAGCAAGCCCACAACGGUGCGGAGGAGGAAGCGUCCCCAUGCCCACCUGCGGGUGCCUCACCUGGAAGAGGUGAUGAGUCCCGUCACCACACCCACUGAUGAAGAUGUGGGCCAUAGGAUCAAGCACGUGGCAGGUGUGCCAGGUUCCACGCAGACACGGCAUAUCCCUGAGGACACUCCCAAUGGUUUCCACCUGCAGAGUGUGUCCAAGCUGCUGCUGGUUAUCAGCUGUGUUCUGGUGCUGCUGGUCAUCCUUAAUAUGAUGCUCUUCUACAAACUCUGGAUGUUAGAAUACACCACCCAGACCCUCACUGCCUGGCAGGGUCUGAGGCUCCAAGAAAGGUUACCCCAAUCUCAGACAGAAUGGGCCCAGCUCUUAGAGUCCCAACAAAAGUACCACGAUACUGAGCUCCAAAAGUGGAGGGAGAUCAUCAAAUCUUCAGUGAUGCUUCUUGACCAGAUGAAGGACUCACUCAUCAAUCUUCAGAACGGCAUCAGGUCCCGUGACUACACAUCAGAAAGUGAAGAGAAGAGGAACCGCUAUCAUUGACAAGGCAGGAGCAGGGGUGGCUGCAAGAGGCCUGUGCAAUACGUGUACAUAGACCGUAUAAAUAUAUAUAUAUAAAUAUAUAUAUACAGAAUAUAAAUAUAUAUAUAUUAUAUACAGAUUUUAAAAAGAGAUAAUGCCUCUGUACCAGGGAGAAGGAGCGGGACCGCCUCCUGUGCUGGCCAGUGGAGGGUCCGAGGAGGGCAGGGACCACCUCUCAGCGCUGACCUCCCCUGAUCUUCCUCCCCCAUCCUCUAGUCCUCGCCCUUUCCCUUGCUGGCCAUUCUUGGCUCUGAGAAGGGAAAUGUUGUUGAGCCAAAGUUAUGCCUGUGAAGACCCUGGGGUCUUGAAGUCUCAAGGGGGCAUUGCUUAAGGUGCUUCAUUCCCUAAUCCCCUUUUGAUUUGUUUCCAAAAUAAAAGAGAAUCUUUUCUUCCCUACUGCAUGCUUCCCCAGGUGUUCUCUUAUGAACAAGGAAGCAUUGAGGGCAGGAGCCCAAUCUAAACUACCACAUGAGGCCACCUCCUUUCUAUGGACCAUACCCCAAGAUUCAGGUGGAGAGGAUGCUGGAAAGCAAGGAAGGCGCACUUGUGGGUUUGGGCUUUGUGGCUGAAGGCUCCUGAGGACUUGUGUUCUGAAGGGUAUUCUCCUUGAUCACCCCACCCCCUGCACCUUCCUCUAACUGUCUAGGGUGUGGACCCAAUAAGGGCUGGGAAUUUCUUACUUUCCCACCCCCUCUUCUCUCUGGUCUUCUCCCAGGCUGGUUCUGGGUGAAGUGUCACUUUUUAGUGCCUAAAGCCCUAUUUUUUCUCUGUGCCCUGAGAGCACAUUGUUUAUUAGCCAGGGUAGAGCAUUUUUGAUCUUGUUAAACCUCUUUUAGUGGUUAUCAGUAAGUCAGGUCUGUGGCUCUAAUUAAUUCCCUUUGAGUUUGAUUUCCAGUAUGAAUCACAGUGUUCUAGGACCUCUAGGGUUUGAGAGAGUGAAUGCCCUAGCAAUGUACAGAUUGUAGGGUCUAAGCACAGAACGCUGGGUGAGCAGUGAGCACUGAUGUCUAAGCACUCCUUUGGCUGCCAGCAUCAUUCACUCUCAGUGAAGAACCAACUUUAGUUAAGGGAGGCAACUGUCUGACGCGCUUUGCACAUGGAAGAAAACCUAAGCCUCUGGAGGGAAUGGAUUUGUCAAAGGUGCAUGGAUUUGGGCAGGAAAAAACCAAAUCAACUCUCUGCCCCAUGGGGGCUAUUCCAAAUCCUGUUUUUCAGACUUGGGAGUGGGAGUUCCAGCUGAGGGAGCAAAGCCUUUUCUGGUCUCUGGCCCUAGAGAGGUAUGAGAUCACUAGGAGUAGAAAGAAGAUCUUGGGUUCAGAAAUUGAGGCAUCCAGGGCCUUUUCGGGGUCGUCUCACUAGGACCCAUGCAUUUAUCUGACCUCAUGGGGCCCUUCUGGGCACACUUAUUGUCCUUCAUACACAGAUUGCUAUUUCUCUGUAUAAUGACCAAAGGAUUCCUGCCAGUCCAGGCCAACCUUGCGGACAUUCUUGAUCAGGAAAGGAUCAUAGCCAGUUUGGCAAGGAGAGCUCUUCCGGAUCGCUUGUUCUUCUGGUGGGUCUCUUGAUGAGGGGCAGGAAAAAAAGAAGAUUUUAUCAUAGAUCUACCCCAAAAGAAGAGCAAGUUGUUUUCUUCCCUUGGAAUGGCCUGUGCUUUAUCUUGCUUUGACAACUAAAGAAAAGUUUUUGACUAUUCAGUCUAUCUGAGAAUAUGACCUUGUUAUUGCCCUAAGGGCAGGAUGAGAACGCAAAAAGAUAGAUGCCCACGUCCUCCCCCAGGUGGGAAGGAUGAGAAGGUUCCUUGGGAUCAGCUGGAAUUGAUCUCCUUCCUCUUGAAAGGGAGAUGUGAGGAAUUGGAGUCGAGUGUAAUCCAUGUGAAGGGUGCGCAUGCCCGCAGGCCAGUGGGUCACUACUCAUUCUUGUCUAAGCCUUUGAGUAGGAGACCCUGGUGAGGGUCAGGCUCCUGGGCCUCAAGCCAAAGAAGGAGGAACAGUACAGACUGCUAGAAAUUUCCCCGUUGGAGUAGCCAGAAGCCAAAAUUAUUCCCAGAAACUUUUGAAAGCAAAAAUGGUAAAAUCUCCAAUUUAUUCUGUACAUAAUUAUUUAAAUUAUUCAUUAAUUAAAGAUCCCCUGGUGAGACCUUUGGGAUGACUUAAAAAGCAUCCCUUGCUGGGGGUAAAGUAGAAGUAGACCUGGCUACCCAGAGUUCUGCCUUUGCUUUGCCUCUCAGGCCCAUCCUAGGGAGGAGAAGAUGGCAGGAAGGGGAGGUACUUAGUGUGUCUAAGGAACCCUCAUGAUUUCUGGUGAUUUGAACUCAGGAGACAACGUCUACACAUAGGGAAUGACCCUCGGCUGCCUCAUUUCCAAAAAUCAUGGAUUUCUUUUGAGUGCCGUCUGUUUUAAUAAUUUUUUGACUUUCAAACCAGCUGAAAACCAACAACUCUAUUUACUCCCAAACAGAAGCUUUUUUCCCUUAUUCAAUAACCUGUCAAAGAGAAAGGAACUCACCCUUGCAGAUAGGUCUGGGAGUGAAAAACAUAAAUAACGUGAGUUGUGAUACCUGCAAGGGGCUAUCAAAACCACCGCCUUCUAUGUUAUUUCUUCCAGCCAGUGCUUUUUUCGUUUUUGUUCACAUAAGAACUCGGGCCACGGAGGAGUUUUUCUGCAAGAAUUCAUGUGGCAAAACAUUGGAAAGCUUGCACUUAGUUUCAAAGAUUUUGCAAAGUUUCUAACCAGGUGAAGGACAGCUACAGGGUCUAUACUUCCACUCCAGCUUACUGUGGAGGAAUCUACAAGAUUGGCGUUGGAAAAGCUGGCCUUGUCUGCGACUCUGCCCUUUCCCCCUGGGACAAGGGGAUAGCAUCCCAGGCCAGCAACAUCAGCAACCUGAGGUUCUCUGUGAGAGCCCUGGGCUGAGAGGCAGGGACCUGGACCUAAGUCUGGGCUCUGCUAUUGGACAAGUAUCCCACCCUCCCCCACCAGGCUUCAGUAUCCUCAUUUGUAACAGGAGGGAGUUGGGCUGGACUAUCGCUAACGUAGGUUCUAGCUUUGGGAUUGUCUUGGAGGCUAGGCCAGAGACCAUCAAGGCUGGGCUUUCUCAGACUUGGGAGGUACCCUGCCAGGAGGGAACAAGUCUUCUGAGCUAGAGCUCCCCUGGUGUUUAGAUGAGUGAUCAGGCAGUGUCUGGGUUCCCAGGAAAUCCAGAGUAGUUAAACUUUCUUCUUUAUGGGCUAGGAGGGCUCAGGAGGCCCAGCGAUAGAGGAGGAGGAGAGAGAGAUCAGGCUUGUCAUGUUGCUCAGUGUUAACCCAGGAGAGUGUUUCUUCCUUCAUUAGCCUAUCUUAGUUUGAGAAGGGGCCUUCCUUUGGACUCUGUCUAAGCUGGGAGGAGAAGGACAAUGGCAAGGAAGGCAUUAUCUUGGAUGAGCCCAUCUUCCGUCUCUAGGUUUGAAGACCUCCAUCUAUCCAUCCUUUCUUGCUAGAGGAAGCAGUGGAGAGAAGUCAUUCCUGGUCCUAGCACUUCUAUUUUGGCUCCACCCAAACCUUGUUGGGGUUUGGAUUAAGUGAAGCUUUGGCUAAAAUCCCUGGGUUGCCUUAGAACACUGACACUAACAACCUAGGAUUACAAGGAACAGGCCACCUCACGAGGAAUGCUUUGCUAGAAGUGGAUUCUUUCCAUGUCCCUAUCCUGACCUAAGCUUGGGCCAUGUCUACUACAUUUGCAGGCAGCAUCUCUAGGGUGAAAUCUUGGAGAAAGGACUAGGGGAAGAAUCUUUCUGGAUUGUUUGUGGUCUCAGAAGGAUCCUUUCUGUGCCAUACUAUGCUGCUGCUUUAGCUCUGCAGACAGCCAAAGCCAGCCCUUGCUCCCUAGGGCCCCCCCGGGAGAAACAGUGCUCUUCUCUCCCCUAGGUAGCAGGGCUGUGGUCUCCCUCCCAUCACCCCCUAACUUCACCUGCCCACUCCAGUAGGAAACUUGAGAACCUCUCUUCCUGACUCUCUUCUUCCCCACCCCUUGUCUCUAGGCUGUGGGACAAUCAUCCCAUCCACCACUUGACAUCCUUGACCCUCAUCCCCCAACCUCCAGCAGGCUGGCCCCACUCCCCUCCACCUCUGUGUUUUCUUCCAGAAGAUGUGUUUUGGGUCCAAGAGGAGAGUUUUUCUGGGAGGCCAUCUUUUAACGCCCCUGCUUACCUGAUGUGGAGCAGGAAUUUGCACAUGGUGUAGAGAGCUCCCCUUCCCACCUCUCUGCCCACCCUUGUUACCUCACUCCUGCUUCAGCCUUGGCUGUGAUGGGCCCAGCCAUUUCCCUGUUUUAGUGUUCUGUGCGACAGCUCAGGGGUCUUGGGCAUUGUUUUCUGUUGUGAUUUGAGGUCCUCAGCAGGCCUGGGAGCCCGGACUGGAGCCUUGGCUGCUGGCGAGAAGCACCUUGCCUGUCAAGAGGAGCUGAUGUCAGACGAUCCACUGGACAUGUGAAGGCCUACAGAACAGUGUCAUCUCUGCCCCUUGGCCAUUCUUGCUUCUCUCAACACAGUGAGACAUUGCAGAAUCAAAAUGGUGGCCUCUGCUCCAGGCAAGACAGCUGGCUGUCUGGGGAGUUGGCCUUGGGUUUGGGUGCCGUGUGCUGAGAUAGCAUAGUAAAAGCAACCAUUUUUGCCAACAACAGUAUGCGGCUCCCCACAGUUCCCUGUCCUGCACUCUAAGGCCAGACAACUCUCUGCAUGGACCAGACCAUCUUCCCAAACCCAUGGUGCUUCCCCACUCCUCUCCCACUCAACGUAGACUCCAAGGUGGGGAGGGAUGGGUCAGAGGCCAUAGUGGCUCCUGGAUAAUACUGACAUGGGGUGGAGUGGGGUGAGGCAGAGGGAGCAGCCCCCAACACCCACACUGGGGCCAUAUAUGGGAACGAACACAGGUUGAUUGCAGUUGAGUUGUCUGGCCAUCUGUAUUUGGAUCUGUAACUGUACUUUGCCUGGCGCUGUGCGCAAGGUCUGAAAACUUACUGCUAGUAUCUAGAAACAUAAAAGGCUUCCCAGCCAAAUCUUAAUGUAAAGUAGCUAGAGCCAUGGAAGUACAGUAUGAAUUAAAAGAAAAAAGUAUUGAACUACAAA